CGAACAUCAUAGCUAGUUCGAAAUGAUCCUGGCAUACCGAAUGACACGGACAUCCAGUUUCCCGCCAACAACGAGCUCGGUGGUUAUAUUUCUGUGCUGAAAUUCCGCGGAGGGGGAUGUGAACGGUAGCUUUCUUGUCCCCUCGGCGAGUAUACAUAGUUCACGAUAACGCCCUUGCAAGGACACCGGCCUUCCAGGGCUUUCAAGCCUUUCGGGAUGAACGUAUAAACGAAGCGAGAAUGGAUAAGAGAGUCAAGUCAAGUAUAGAGUUGAAGAUUCUCUUUUUUUCUUUCUUCUUUUUCUCUGUCUCUCCUCGGAGCGACUAAUUCUCUUCUUUCGUUUACCUCCCUCCAGAGACGUCCGCCUCCCUUCUCUUCUUUCGUAUUCACUCUCUUCUUUCCUUCUCUCUGGCUCGCAGGAAACCAGUCGCGAUUUUUCACGCGGUGGGAACUAGAAGCCGCUCCCUACUAUAAAUAGCCUUCGAGUUCGCUCUCGAGCCUCUGGUCUCGGCCUCCAACGGCGAUGGGUGUAGCUAAAAGGGGGUAGCCAUCCAUGGGCGCCGACGCACUGACGUUUCACUACCAUUUCUUAUCACCCGCGAUUCCUUCAACAUUUGCAUUUUACACGAGACUCUAUUAUCCUGUUUAUUUUUCCAUCCAGAAUUGCUGUUACCUUCUCAAAUGACCAUAGAAGUUUUCAGUUAACGAUAAGGAUCGGGACGAUCGACGAUUGAUGAUUAUUAAAGUAGAUGUUAGAACGUCCACGUAGUAGUACAAGUCAAGAUGAUGCUUUUCAACCCCUAUGAUCCUCUUCAUCAAUGUAUUUAAAAGAUGUUGAAGGUGAAAUAGUCGCAUCUGUUUGAAAACUUACCGGCGAAGGUGCGAUCAGGAAUAAUUUUCCAUUUUGCUGUAUUAUACGAAGGAUGCGUUAUUUCGAGGAAGCCACGACGAUAUUAGAAAUUGUUAGUAUCCGUAGUAUGCACGGUAACUGUAAAACGUGAGCGUUCCAAGAGAAUGUACGUCCACGUGGGUCGCAGAAUCACGCGCUCGACGAAGGCGUGGUUCUUACGAAUCUAUGCAACACAACUCUCCUAUCAGGUUGAUGCACUUUUAAUCGUUCCUACGAUUUAAGUGGAAUGUUAUGCGGAGAGAAUGCUUCGUGAAUUUUUCAUUAAUUUCCCACUGUAAAGACUGUAGAUCGGUUUCGACUUCAGUUUGAUUAGAUUAGAAAGUUGAGUCCAUGAUAGGUUUAAUAGGUCUUAUUGUGAACGAUGGCCUCUUCCUCUGAACGGAAUCCCAUCGACUUCUAUGUAAGUCAUGAGAAAGUGAAAACAGGAAUAGGUUUUUAUAAAAGAUAAAAAGCUUAGUAUCUGCGACUAAUUGACUGGGUAGCUGGGGAAUACAAGAAACAGUCAUCAAGGACCAUCGACGAAGCAAGAUAAUGUAGAAAAAAAAAAAAAAAGAUGAUAUAAUUCUACCGGUUGAGCCUUAAAAAGACAUACAAGUCGAUGGACUAAUAAGAUCGUUUCGCUGAAAUCACCGCAGAACUUCGAGUUGCAACGUUAUAUAAUAUAAUUGUAUCCUUUCAUUAGAAAAAUUCAAAAUCUUGUUCAAUUAUUCAGCACACGUAUUUCACUUGUUCACGAUCUUAUCGCAACCACAGUGAUAUCACCUACGACUGUAUAUGAUGUUUAAUUAUUUAUCUUUUAUGGUUUGUGGAACUCGCUCCAUCUGCAUCGGUAGAUUUAACUGGAAUGCAGUUUAAAUCCUAUCAGAUGCAUAUGUGAUCAGUGCGCGUUAUUUAACAUCAAUUAUGAUAUGUCGUUCGUUGAAUCUCAAUCAUCUUGAUCGGUAUCGUUUAAUAACUUUAAUUAUCUUUUUCUCAUCUUAUUGAUGCUUAAUCCAUGGUAAUUGCUUGUUCAACUCGCAAUCACGUUAAAAGUCAUUGAACGAUUUCAUCGUAUGCAUUCAUCAAACGAGACUAAUUACUGAAAAUCCUCUUAAUUUCUUGUAUGUUUAAUCACUCGUCGAGCCUAUAUAUUACGGUGAAUUAAGUUGUCGACACAAGAUCGUUUUGAUAUCACAGAACAGUUUGUUAUCGUAUCAGGUGUCUAAUAAAAUUCCAAAAUUAACAGAUUAUUUUCGUAUUGCUCGAAACAAUUGUAGAAUGAUCUACUCGCAAAUGAAAGUUAUUUCGAGAAAGCGUUUCAAGAAUCCCUCUAGCUGCUUAAAAUAAUGAACUUACUCAAAGCUGGUUAUACUGUUUUCAAGGGAUUAUUUCAGGAGCUUUCUCUGAUCGUUACAAAUACUCCUUAACGAUAAAUACUAAGUUGUAAUUUUUGUUAAAAGAAACCAGUUAUCCUCCUAAACGCCUUACUCCAAAGAUUGAAAGCUCUCCUUAAUCAAGAGGAAAUUAUUCACCUUUGUUACCUCUACAAGCUCCGAGUUUCAACUGAAAAUUUCUCAGUCAUCCUUGUGCUGAAAUUUUUCGUCGAAAGGAUCAUCCUCGAUUCAAUUCGUAUUCAAUGGGAAAUGCACCUGUAGCCUGGAUUCUCCCUUUCACGCUGACCUCUCGUUCUACUAUGAGCUCAUCUACUAAUGGUAAAAUCAUAAGCAAUUGGGUUACCAAGUACAGAAACCUUCUACGUGAUUUAGGAUGCAUUAGAAACAAUAAAUUUCGGAUACGAUAAAAGUUAGCUGAAAUUCUAACGAAUGACACCGAGAUGCAACAACGAUCGUAAAUUAGAGACAAGCUCAUUUAUAUUUCAUGAGAUAUUAUGUAGAGACUGGUUGUUUUAGAACUGCAACGUGAAAUGCUAUAAAGCUACAUGUGCAUUUCAAAAGCAGACAUAGAGCAAGUAGCACAAGCGAAACGAGGCUUCGUACAUGUCUUUAAAGUUAAUUACUUCAAUUUCGUCCCUGGGUAUCACAAUUUACCAAGAAUUAGGGUAACUAUCAAGCAUCCGGUUAUAGUACACUGAACGUACAAUUACACGUUUCUUUAAAAUCCAGCAGACCAGGUAGAAAGAAAGGCUGCUGACCAGAUGAAAAAGUUAUGCUCCUUAAUAUUACCAGGGAUAUAAUCCGACGUCUGGAUGAGUACUGUUUCGCAUAUGAUGGUCAAUGUUUUUCAUCGAACGAAACCUGUUGCAAAUUACAUCUCUUCCGACCUCUUUUGUUACUCGUCCUUCGAAGGAUGCGUCAGGAUUCGUAAUUUACAAGAUUUCCUCCUACCUCAUUUUAUUUUCCCGAUCACCUAUCAUGAAUAAUUUAUAUUAUUCUCUAUUUUUAUUUUUUGCAGUUACUAUUGAUUUAUUUAUUACCGAGGAACGAACCUGUCUUAUACCUCCACAAGAUGCUCAAUAGCAUAAAUUCCUUUCUGGUCAGAAGAUUCGGCGAUUCAAAAGGAAGCUGUUCCUAGAGAUUCAUAAUUCCCAAAUGAAGCAUGCAAACGAACGCAUCAUCGCGCUCGAAACGCGUUCUAAGGAGAUGAUAAAUAUUCGAAAAGUUUCGAGGAACGUUCUGUAAGGAUCGGAAAGUCGGUGGGCCCUGUUGGGGCCACAUUCUCCAGCGGUCCUAAGCCUUCUGGAUCGAGCCCUGUUCCAGCACGCGACCGGAUCGCGCUUGGUAUGCCGCGAAUGCAUACGACCACUUUUUACCUUGUCAUCGUUUCAACCGUGUUAUACGCGGUGCAAUCAAUUCGCUGACUCGUUGUAUUAUCAACGUGUCGCUACGCGAUCCGUUUGCAUCCGAGAACCGGCAUAAUUCAAUGCGCAUAAUCACGAUGGCUCGUUGCACCAGUUUUAUUUGCUCGAUGCUAGACAUCUAUACAACACCGUUCCUCUUCUUUUUUUUCUCGCACGUUUUCAUUUGUAUCGCUUCUAUGUUCGUUUGACCGUUAGACUCUGAUAGGAUCUAUCAUUAGAUAUCGAUAUACGCGAUCAACACUUUGACAAUCCCCAAUUUUUAUGGAAUACACGAGCUUUGUAAUUUGACGAGUCUUUUUACAUUUGAAUGGAUCUUAUAGUAAAAUUGCAAUUGAUAAUUGUCACAUUAUUUCAAUGAUAAUAUUUGAGCGACGAUUUCUUGAAGUUAAGCUGAAAGUAAUCACGCUAAAGAUAUUUAUUGCUUUUGUGUAAUUUUCUGCCUAGGAGAUGUUUGCAUAAUGUUAACGGGAUUCGUUGUACUAAUUUGUUUUACAUAACGUAAUCGGCAGCAAUGCUUUCAACAGAAGGACGAUCUAAACGUUUGUUUUAGCUGUUAACGUAUGAAGCGACUGUUCGAAGACAGUCUCACGAUGUCCAUAUACAUAUACAUUGAUAAAAUUAUUAUUUGUCUAUAAUCUUUGUAUGUGUGAUAACGUCAGACAUUAGCUUAAACACCGGUUUGAUUUGGAAAAAUGUUUAACUUUCAACCUUGUGGAUUCUCAGAAACAGAAUUUGCAUGAUACAUAGCGAACUGAAAAUCAAAGUUAGCCAUAAGGACAAACACGAGGAAGGAAAGAAGGAGGAGAUUCAAAGCUGGAAUGUUUGAUCAAUGAUAAAAGAAAACUGGGAGUAGGAAGAAUUAGAAGUGAAGUUUUCCAAUAUCAUAGGGAAUAAUCUUGGAUAGACCUUCUUUCAAGAAACACAAGGGACUGAAAAUCAAAUGAAAAACCUUCAACUACUAAUCAAUAGAUAUAGAUUUUAUCUACAAAAAAAUUCAUGGCCACAACGAUGAAGAUAACGUUCAGAAAUAGAAUUCUCAAAGAUCUCAGACCGUUGCAGAUACUGAUUAAUAUUAAUAUCAUAAAUAAACCAAAGGAACGAAGAAAAGCUGGGACCAAAAAUAGAAUUUUAAGCAACCGCAAAGCGUUGAAAAAAAGAAAAAAAGGUAGAACUCUAUUCACUAUUAGGUGACGCGGAAUAAAGCGAAAGAAGCAGCGCGACCGAAGAAUGAAAUGUAGAAUUUUCAAGCACAACGAGUCGCUGGUAUUCAGACACCCAUUUGGGACAGAUGACCGUGGUUGCAAUUGGGGGUAGGAGAAUGCUGAUGGGGGCCCUGGAUCGUCAGCAACGUUGACCAUCAGGGAUAACCAGAAGAGUAAGAGGAGGGUAGACUGGCUGGUGGUGGCUGCGGCGCCACUGCUAUCUCCGAGGAAGGGUCAUAUACUUUUGUUCCCGCGUAUUGCCAGCCAAAGUGCCGGCAGUCAUCGUCCGUCCUUAGUGCGUGUGGGAUCGUUUCGCGUUCCUCCAUUCAACGUUGAUGCUCCUUUGACAAGUGUGAGACUGUGAGCUCAGUGAAUUCGUCACACGAGGGAACAUUCUCUGGGAAAUUUAUUCCUACUGAAAGAGGAAAGUCCGAGAGAAUCCGGUCCAGUCAAGUUAAUCUGUGUAUUUUAAGAAGAAUACCGUCUGAAGAUACCAGGAAAAUAAUAUUUACAAUCCAGACAUUUCUUUACUCAUCAGGAAGAUAUUUUCUUCGUUGCAUUAUUCCAAGCUAAUUUAAAUAAUCUCAUAAACUGUAUCAUCCAAAAUGACAUAAAGUUUUAAAACAUCUUGUGAUAGUUGCAAAAUUCCAAUCAGGAAUAAAAAGCAAAGGCUGUAAAGUUCUUUAAAGAUAAACUAAGAGACAAACGUGUGAAUUUUUUUUUCUCUUCGAUAAGGAGACAAGAGAGAAGGUUUUCUCAUAGUGUACCGGUCAGUAAUUUGAUUCAUCGACGCACAGUAUAGGUCUAAGGACCUAUCCCUGGCAAGAAAUCAUUAUCUCCGUCGAGACGGAUUCGACGACAGGAAGAAAUUCCUUUAGGAGCGUAUCCCCGAGCAGAAGGACCACGGGGAUUCGAAGACGUAAACGAAGAAGAAUAAGAGAAAUCAAGGAAGAAAAAUGGCAUACGACGAUGUUAUCCUACGUAUGGGAGAGUUUGGACGGUAUCAACGAAGGAUCUACCUUAUGCUCUGCCUUCCAGCGAUAUCCUGCGCUUUUCACAAGGUUGCAGGUGUAUUUCUUGGCGCGAAAAUGAACACUAGAUGCGUGUUACCGUACGAGAACAUAGAAAACGCAACGUAUUGUUUACCUCAGGAUAUAAUGAACUCAAGCUAUCCAUGGGACAAUAAGAUAAACGGAUGGUCCCAGUGUUACAGAUACGAAGUACCUGGUAUCGUGAACGACACAAUGUUCAAUAGGUAUCUCGACAACAUUCUCGUCCAGGAUGAUCUCAACCCUCAACGGAUCAUGCCAUGCGAAGGAUACGUCUACGACAGAAGAAAAUAUAAAAGUACCACUACUUCUGAGUGGAACUUGAUUUGUGACAAGGCAUGGAUGAGAGCUACGGGGGACGCUUUGUUCAUGGUAGGAGUCAUGCUUGGCUCGAUGAUUUUCGGUGGUUUGUCCGAUAAGUUUGGACGUAGACCAAUUUUCUUCCUGUCUUUAGUCAUACAGCUGGUCGGUGGUAUACUAGUCGCAGUUUCACCCGAGUUUAUAUCAUACGUUAUCUUCAGAUUGAUUGUCGGUUCAACUACAAGCGGUGUAUUUCUGGUCGCUUAUGUUAUAGCCCUCGAAAUGGUAGGUCCUAAGAAGCGUUUGGUAGCUGGGGUAGGUUGCCAAUUGUUUUUCACGACCGGCUACAUCCUCACCGCUGCUUUCGCGUAUUUUAUAACUGACUGGAGAAUGCUACAAGUGGCAAUCACUAUACCGAGCAUAGCGUUCCUCCUUUACUGGUGGUUUAUCCCUGAAUCUGCUCGUUGGUUGUUAACCAAGGGUCGCACGCAAGAAGCAAAAGAUAUUCUUCAACGUGCCUCCCUAGAAAAUGGCGUAGAGAUGCCCAGCGAAGUUUUGGAUACGCUUCUUAACAACAACAGCGAGGACACAGCACCAGAUUAUAGAAAGCCAUCGUUGUUCGAUCUUUUCCGCUAUCCGAAUUUGAGACGAAAAAGUAUUCUAUUAUUUUUCAAUUGGCUUGUAAAUAGCGGUACGUACUAUGGAUUAUCCUGGCACGUAUCCAAUCUUGAUGGAAACGAUUAUGUUAAUUUCGUUAUUUCCGGUUUGGUAGAAAUACCUGCGUACACAUUUUUAAUUUUCACCCUAAAUCGUUGGGGUAGAAAAAUCAUUUUGUGCGGCUGUAUGUUAGUAUCUGGAGUAGCGUUGCUCGGCAUUUUAUUAGUACCUGCUGACGCUCCAUGGAUGGUGGUGUGUCUAGCAAUGAUCGGUAAACUCACAAUUACAUCGUCUUAUGGUGCUAUUUACGUCUUUACUGCCGAACAAUUUCCUACAGUUAUUCGAAAUGUCGGUCUUGGAGCGAGUUCUACUUUCGCUCGAAUCGGUGGCGUUAUUGCUCCAUAUGUGAUUCAUUUGUCUGAAAUUUGGAUGCCUCUGCCUUUUGUUAUUUUCGGAUCAUGCGUGCUCUCCGGUGGAAUGCUGUCGUUACUACUUCCAGAAACACUGAACAAGAAACUUCCAGAGUCCAUACAGGAUGGUGAAUUAUUUGGAAAAAAAAUUUCCAAGAAAAAGAAGAAACAUCAAUUAGAUAUGGAUCAGCCUAAUUCAAUUGAUGUAAUUAAACCAUUGAAACCACAAGAGAAUGGUGUUAAUGAGAAGCAAAAUGGAUGACGUUAAUUUCUAAAAAAGAAUCUCGGCUAUGCUCAAACAUAUACUUGAAUUAUGUCUAAUUGUACAUUAGGCACUCUUCUAUACACUUUUUACGUGUAUGAAUCUAAAGAGUGCUAAUUGCAAGAUUGCAAUACCAAAAAAAAAAAGUACAUUGAACUUCGAAGUUGUGUAACUAAUGUAGAUUGCUUCUAAUUGAACAAAACCUGUAAAACAAUCAGGGGACUAUGGGGUACUCUGUACUUUCGUCUUGUCUUAAAACGCAAUGAAAAUAAGAAGGUAGUGUUUGCCUUCUGUUUAUACACGUACAGAGCACACAGCCUUUGUAAUUAAUAGCACACAAAAGUUCUGCCAGCAAACAUAUCAUUUACUCUAAUUUCUGAAUGUAUCUACGUGUUAAGUGCCCUUGAAAUAUAAACUUGUGAAAGUUGCUUUGGAAAGUUCAUGCGGAAAGUAAUUAUGUUAAGGCGCGUCGGAUACAGAUAAAAAAAUACAAAGGCUUUGACAUUUUA